GGCUCUGAAUGAGCGCUCAUGCAAGGAUCACGAUUUAACGUUGUACGUGAAGGGGCGAAUAAGAGAACGCGUUUUGCCGGUUGUGCGCUGAACGGUGCUGGAUCGUGUUCGGGUUUGCAUGCGUCUAACGAUAGGGAUCAAAUAAACGAGGAAUGUGGGAUUUACAGAAUGCCCAACAGCGUUGGAAAAAGAUUUAAACCCACCAAAUACAUCCCGGUGUCCACUGCAGCCACACUGCUGGUGGGAUCCACUACUUUAUUCUUCGUUUUCACGUGUCCGUGGUUAACCAAGGCCAUCUCCCCUGUUGUGCCUUUAUACAAUGGCAUCGUCUUUAUCUUUGUGUUGGCAAACUUCAGCAUGGCCACCUUCAUGGAUCCAGGAGUAUUUCCCAGAGCGGACGAGGACGAGGAUAAAGACGAUGAUUUCCGAGCUCCGCUCUAUAAAAACGUGGAGAUAAAGGGAAUUCAGGUGCGGAUGAAGUGGUGCGCCACAUGCCACUUCUACAGACCUCCACGCUGCUCUCACUGCAGUGUGUGUGACAACUGCGUAGAGGAAUUUGACCAUCACUGCCCAUGGGUGAACAACUGCAUUGGCCGGAGGAAUUAUCGCUAUUUCUUCUUGUUUCUACUGUCUCUAAGUGCUCACAUGGUGGGCGUAUUUUCCUUUGGCUUGCUGUUUGUGUUGCACCACCUUGAGAGGCUGAGUGCACUCCACACUACUGUGACUCUGGUGGUUAUGUGUGUGACUGGGCUGUUCUUCAUCCCAGUUAUGGGCCUGACUGGAUUCCACAUGGUUCUAGUUGCCAGAGGACGCACCACAAAUGAACAGGUGACAGGAAAGUUUCGAGGAGGAGUGAAUCCGUUUACUCGGGGUUGUUGUGGCAACGUGAAAUACAUCUUGUGUAGUUCGCUCGCUUCUAGGUACAUCUCUGAUCCCAGGAAAAAAACUCCCAUCACUAUCAAACCACCAUUCCUCCGUCCUGACCUCUCUACCUGCCACAUUAGUGUAAAAGUCACUGAUAAUGGUAUCCAUAGUAACAUCCUACGAACCAAAUCUAAGACAAGCCUGGAUGGUGUGGAUGAUAAAGUUAUGGAUUCACAGCCACCUCUGCCACCCAAAGCAGAACGCUACAACAAACUCAAGAGUCAACUUACCUCGAGCGAAGAGAGUUCCCUGUCCAGCAAACCUGCCAAUCUGUCCACCCCAGCCAUGUACAAAUACCGACCUUCCUUCGGCACCAUGCCCAAAGUGCAGUAUCAUGCAACAGGAGAGAAGAUCGUAAUGUCUGAGAAUGGUAAGCCCUCAGCAGUUUUAGAAGAGAGAGGUCAUGAUUACCGCUCGGAACCAAAUCUGGAUCUGCCGGACUACCGCAGCACUCCACUCCAUCGAACAUACCAGUCCUCCCCGUUCCAGCUGGACUCUUUCAGCACAACAUCUCGCUCAUUCAGUCUUAAACAGGGAGUAAACAGGGCUGAUCGUGUACCACUAGAGGGCAGCAAAUCUGAAAGAGUCACUUCCACCCCUCACAAAGGAGUCUUUUCCCCUGGAACACUUUCCGGCCGCAAUGGGAGUCUCUCAUAUGACAGCUUGCUGACCACCAGUAUAACUCCCUCUGUGGGCGAGUGUGCUGCCCACCCAGGAGUGCCCUCCAUGGGGUUCCAUUCACCCUACCUGCCCACUAAAAUGUGCCAUGUGCGAGGGCCAGAGCUUCAACGGCAUGUCGGCCCACCUUCCUACAGCCCUGUUCAUGUAGGAGCAAUGUAUGGGCGGCAGUCGCCACUUUUGAGAGACCAUGAGCGAGACCCCUCACCCGUCCGCUACGACAACCUGUCCAAAACCAUUAUGGCCUCCAUUCAGGAGAGGAAAGAGCUUGAGGAGAGGGAGAAGCUCAUGCAUCGACCAGUGGCCUACGGCAAUGAUUCGGGUGUGUUUGAAACCUGCAGUGGAACUGCCUAUGGACUCCCACAUGGGGUGUGCUACCCUGAUGGCCCCAGAGGGCCUGGUUCCAGAGAGCCCACUCCACCUGUGUGUGGCUCUCGAGAUAACUUGAUGGGGGUUGGAGUGGUGGGAUAUGGUCCCCGAACUCCUGUUCUUCGUUCUUCAGCUUCCUCGCUCUCAAGAGUGCAGAAAUCUUCCACUACGUCCCUCCACACUGAUGGAGGUAAUGGGGGAAACAUGCAGGGAAGAACAGUUGAACACCAAUAUUACUCCCCCGUGCACCACACCCAUCACUCACCGACAGUUGUACCCCGUUCUCCCUCAUACACACAUCAGAAGGUCGCCUUCAUAAGCGCCCUGGAGAGGGCAGACUCGCCACGUCUGGGUACAAGAGAGGACCUGGGUCAAGGUAAACUCAAUGGGCAACUAAAGGUCCAAGCACGUGACUGCCAUCUAGGGACACCUACUGGUACUCCACUGAGUCCCAGCAGACACACCAAUGUCAAAAAGGUCACGGGCGUGGGUGGAACUACAUAUGAGAUUUCCGUUUGAUGGACAGGUAGAAGAGCCACUCCCUGUGAGGAAAAGCACUGCCAUAGCAACACCACCUCCACUUGUGCUCAAGGAAAGAGUUUGUCUUUCCUUUUACUGUUCUUUAAUAUACUUGAACUGGCCAAUCAGGAGGCCCUCAGUCUUUGGCUGGUCUGAUCAGAGAACGUUUUGCAUUGGCCCCUUCUAAUCUGAAAGAGAUGGUCCUGCAAAUUUCCGUUUGGCCCCAUGUAAAAUAGAACAGGAGCCGUUUUGACCAAGGAGCAUUGUGUGUUUUCGUAUGUAUCAGUCAUCAGAGGACAUCACACACACUCCAUAAAAUACUGGUUUUAAAGCCUAAUAUUGAAAUGUAGAAAAUACACCAUCAAGGGCUGAAUAUGUACAGUGUCCAGGCCAAUUGUUUGUAUAUAAAAGGUCAAAGGUCACUUAUUGAACGCAAAGGUGCUCAGUAUGCUGAUCUAUUUGUCUCAGUAACCUUUCCACACACUUGAAUGUGGUUGUAAAGUAUUUGUAGAUGUCAGUAAAUCUAUUACAACUACAUUUCUAUAAUUUUACUGAUCUAACAAUCAGGGUUUUUCCUCAUUUCAAUUCAAAUAAUUUGCCAGUUAAUCUACCUGACUCCAAACCAACCAUAACAGCACUUGUGUACUUUAAAAACCUACAGAAGCUUUAUUUUUUCAAUAUGGUGAUCAUUGAGAUAUUUGAUCAUGUUAAACUAUAAGCUGCCAUAGAAAUAAACAUAUAUGUGUAUAUAUAAUAUUAAAAAGGGGUGGGGGGGACGACAAAGUUCAGUAUGUUGACUGAAUACUGGCCAUUAUAACCAGUCUGUUAACAUUUUCUUUUAAACUUUGUUUUACUUUGGAAAAGUAUUUUAUAGUGGAAAAGAUAUAGAAGUGAAUAUGAAAACUGAAACACACCUCUAUUAUCAGUACUGGCCACAUGUUAAAGCCAUAUGCCAUGUUUUACAGUUAAAUUCUUUGUCUUUCAACAAACACUUUAACAAUCUUUUAUAACAUAAAGGAAGUGCUGAGUUAAAGAUGAAUGAUCCAGGUGUACUACAAUUAAGGUCCACAGUCUCCAAGUUGCAUUAUUAUUAUUAUUAUAUUUUUAAAACCCAACCUUCAAUAAUUUGGUAUAUUACAAUAUUUUUUUAUCCUAAAAAAAUUAUAUAUAUAUCAGAAGUGGGUGUUUGUAAUUUGAGUGGAUUUUUGUUUCUUCCAUAUUUUAUAAUUUAUAUGUAUAAAUUAGUUAGUAUUCAUUGCCAUUUUGAGUUGUAGAAAGUAGUACUUCUGGUUAAGAUUUAUGAUCAUAGUAAAAUAAUGAUGAAAGAGAAUGAAGCAAUGUUGAUAUAUGUACAACAGUUUUGGAAAAUUAGUUUAAAAAAAUUAUACAUGAAGUGAAAAUACCUUUUUGAAAUUUGAAAUGCUGGAUCCAUUUGAUAUUUUUUUUAAACUUUUUUUCAAGUUGUCUUAAUUGAAUACAUAUUAAACGUGAUUACUGGUCCUUAAAAAAAGUAAAAGCUAUUAAUUGCUAAUUGCUUCUUAUGUCCCUUUAAUGUCAUUCAGUUUUGCAAUAUCUAACAUGCUCUUGUAAUAAUAACAGGCAAGGGAAGAAUCAUUCAAGAUAUAAUGGAAUGGGGAAUUCAGAAAAUUAAAAUGUUACCCCAAACAUUUCAACCAACAUAAAAUGAUUGAGUGAUUUUAAAGUGUGUGGUUUUUUUUUUUUU